AUGGAGUAAUACAGGCGUCUAGCUAAUAUAAACUGCUUUAGAAUUCACAUCAACAAACUAUGUUGUCUAAAAUUCUAGCUAAAUUGUAAUUCAUAUCCUUUUUCAUCUAUUGAUUUAAUGUAUUCAAAAUAAUUAAUUAUAUAGCUAUUUCUUGGAGUUAGCUACAUAAGCUUAGGUAUCUGUAUAUUUAUGGUGUGCUUAAUUAUAACAGCCUGCUACUUAAGUUAGAAGAAAUCAAAAACAAAGUCUCCAAUUUAUAUAAACCUGCUCAAAAUUAUAAGUAUGUAUGGAAUUUUACUGAAUACAAUAUUAUUUUUGCCUUUAUAUAACAGCUUUGUCGGUAUGGUUAUUUGCGCUAAUCCUAAUAUGACCUGCUUUUAAGGAAUUUACUUUCUUCAUUUGGUCUUUUCUGUAUUAGGUGCUGUUAUAUUAAUCUCCACAACAGCAUUAUUUGCUUUCUUUUAAGUUGAUUUAAAUUUAUUUUCUAAGUUAUGCUUUGCACGUCCUUUUUGUCUCUUUAAUUUGAUUAAUAUAGGAUUUAAAAUGAUACCUCCAGUUAUUGUCGCUUUAGAUAAAACUCAAACUAGUGGUAAUAUUGUUGUAAUAGCUCUAUUGUUAACAAUGAUUCUUAAAGUGGGCUACAGCUUUUUCGAUCCUGGUUAUUAUAAUUCAUUAGUCAAUUUAUUUAAUAAAUCUAGCUAAUAUUUUGCUUUAUGGAUUAUGUUUAGUUGCUUUCUUUGCUAAAUUAUAGGCAGUGAUUCAAUUUCACUUUUAUAUGUAUUUCUUGCUUCACCGUUUUUUGUAUUAGCAAUGUUUUCCUUAGAUAAGCUGAGAAAUUAAUAUACUUUAUCAUCUUGCUUAACGUACUAAAAAACUGUGAAAGAGUAUUUUAUCUUUUUAAACUUAUUAGUUACUUUAAUAAAAGAUGAAAAAAACGAAUAGUCAUAACUUUAAUUGGAAGGAAUAUUAAAACAUCAUUUGAGGGUUUGUAAAAAGGGUAUUUAAGAUUGCUGUUGUAGAAUAGUUGAAGAAUAUUCUAUUAUUCAAGAUGGUGAAGAAGGAGAAGAAGCAUUACCAUUACAAAGAAGAAAAGAGAAGCUAAUAAAUGAUAAAAGAAAAAGAUCAAGUUAGAAAUCUAAUAACCUUCUACCCAAGAAUAACAACAACUACAGAAACUCUGAAUAACAAAUUAUUGAAGCAACUAAUUAGACAGAAAAGCCUCAAACAGUAAACGACAUUUAAAUCUUGAAUUUGAAUUACCAAAAUAGAUGGUUUUCGUUUUUGUCAAAUUUACUUAAUGAAGCUAUCGUUGCAUACCCCAAAUCUCCAGGACUUUAAAUUUGCUAUAGCUAUUUGCUAGCUGAAAAAUUAAACAAUAAAACAUUUUCUAUUUAUAAAUCAAAGAUUGCUAAAGUAAGUAAUAAUAUUUCAAUAAUUGAACUGUUUUGUAUUUUUAGAUAAGAGAAAAUUUUAGAAGAGUCAAUGAGUGAAAAUAUGCAAUCUUUACAAAUACAUAAUGACAAUGAAGAUCUCAUUAUUAAUUAAUAUGUAAACUUCAAUCGAGAUUUUGACUUCUUUUAGGAUUAGGUUAUUAAGGCUGCCAAAGAACAUAAAUUAUUUUGGAAAGAGUUAGAAGAAAUUACACCAAAUAUUAGCAAACUCUAAAAGAUAAGUAAAGUUUUAGAUGACCAAAAUUAUUCUUUAUGCUAAAUGUUCAAUGAUUUAACUCUUUAAAACCAAAAUAAUAUCAACUUACUCUACUUUUAUGGUUAAUAUUUAAAUGAAAUAACUCAUGACACUGAAAAUAGCAGCAAAGUGCUUUAAAAAGCAGAGUAACUUUUUAAGCAAUAGAAUAGCUCCAAAAUUUAACUGAAUAACCAAAAAUUUUUCCAAAAUGAAAACAGUAAAAAUUCAAUUGUUAUAGCAUUUGCUGAUUCAGAAAGAAUGGGAGAAAUCAUUUACAGUAACCAAUAUUUGCAAAACUUUUUAGGCUUUUCAAAGUAAGAUUUGCUACAAAAGAAUGUUUCAAUGCUAAUGCCUCCUUUGAUUUCUAAAAAGCAUAGCAACUUAAUGAAUAGAUUCAUUUAAACAUCAUAGUCAGCAUUUACUUAAAACUUUCGUAUUGUCCCAGCAGUAAAUAAAAAAGGUAAUCUAGUUCCUACCAACCUUUUACUGAAAGUAAUUCCUGAAUUUAAUAAUGGAAUUUAAAUAUCUGGAAUUAUGUAUGAAGAAACUAGUUUAAGUCCAUAAACUUAUUCUAGUAAUAAAAAAUUUUAUUAUUUGAUUUAUAGAAUUGAUACUCUAGAAAUCAUCUAAUCUUGCAAAAAUUGUUUCUAAGACUUUGGUAUUUUUUCAAGAAAUUAAAAGUAAAUGGGUGCAAAGGAUAUUGAAAUAGAUUUAAUAAUGCCUUAAAUUAAUGAUCCAUUUACUAUUACAUAGCUGAUAGAAUAGCCUAUUGAGGGAGUUGAUAUUCAAAUAGAUUCAACUUAAAUUAAAAAUAUGUCUAUUGAUUAAAUAGAUUAUGAAGACUCGAAUGCUAAUAUUUAAGACUCUAACAAUGCAAUAACAACUGAAGAAAUAGCUAGCUUCCAUUAAAUAAGUGGGAAUAAAAAUAACAGUAAUACUAAGGUUAUACUUGAAGAAACAUUUGAUGAGCAAGAAGAUACCAUGCAAACUUAAAAUAAUAUUUCAAAAUAUAGAAAAUGUUAAAUAAGAUGCUACUUUAUUGAAGAUUAUUUUAUUGAAAAAGGAUGUACAUUAAGAUUUAUCAAAUUUCACGAAACUGAAUAAGACCUUUAAAAUUAAAAUUAAUAAUCUAAUGAGAACACAAAAAUUAUUGAGAAUGCUAAGUAAAUGAAUAGUACAUAGAAGUUUCAAUCAGUAAAAAAUCGAAAAAUAUAAAAUAAAAAUGAAGAAACAUUGAAAAAUGAAGAUUAUGAGGAAAAUUAGUAAUAUAAAAAAUAAAGUAUGUCUUAUAGAGAAGAUGAAGAAUAGUAAGAAGAUGAAAAUUAAGAUUUCAAAUAACUCAUAUAAGAGAAAAGAAUGCCAAAAAUCUUAAUCUUACUAAUUAGAAUUUUAGUCUUGUCUACAUUAUUGCUCAUUGCUCUUUCUUCUUAUAAAUUGUAUCUGAAUUUAUAAUAUAUUUAGUAUAAUGGAUAUGCAGUAGAUGGAAUUAAGUACUCUUAUUUAACACCUUUAUAUAUAACUUAAGCUACUUAUUGGGCUAGAUAAAUUUGGCUUGUUGCUAAUUAACUAAGAUCUCCGAUACCUGGAAAUUCCCACUUUUAGCAAGAAACGUGGUAUAGAUAAAAUCUUAGUCAAAGUAUCAACUCUCUUUAGCUAAAUUAAUUUCAAGUAAUAUCAUCAUCUUUGCAAAUGAAUAGCCUAGCAGGUUAUGACCUUUAUAAUGCAAAUCAAAAUUUUAGUAUGGCUAAUAUGCUUUCAAAUGGAACUAUGGUUUAACAGUACGAGUAAUAUACUGAUUCAAUAUUUAAAUUUAUUACUUCUAGCUCUAAUUUAGUGAAUGCAACUUUGGAUUCUUUUUGCACAAACAGUUCUACAAGUAGUUACACUAAUCCAACUCAAAUAAGCUUUUAUUAUGUUAAAUAAAAUGGAGUUUAUGAGCUAUUCGAGUAGGCGAAAAACAAGGCUUUCACAUUCUAUUACUAUUAUAUAAAUUUAAACUCAAAUUAAGGUUCAUUUAAUCUUUUUGUAUUUGUGACAUAAUUGGUUAUAAUAUUCAUAACUUUUUGCUUCAUUACUUAUGUAGGCAAUCAAAUAAUAAAAGGAAAUAUCACUGUUGUCUCUUUAUUUAGCUAUAUUCCCAUGAAUGAAAUUUACAAUUUAGCGAAUCAGUGUGAUGUAUUUAUCAUAAAAUUUAAUAAAUAAAACAUAGAUGGAGAAAUUUAUUUUAGAGAGCUGUUAUUAGAUGAGCCUAACUCUAAAUAAGUUGAUGGAUAGAAUAAUAACUGGCUAGAAAAGUAAAGAAAUAAAGAGAUCAGUAUAUUUUAAGAAUCUAAUCAGAAUUUAAUGCACGCAAAUUCAAAACUCAAUGCCAACACACCCAAGUUAGCUGGUGUAGUAUAUGGUGAAAGUCCAAAUCUAACAUUUAACUCUUAGUUAAUUCCUACAGUAUCAAGAAGAAAUGAUGAUAUGACACUAAAUGAAAUGAUUUUUUUAAAUUAAAAAAAUUAAUAAUUCAACCAAGAUGAUAAAAAUUUAAAUUAAAUUUAGUAACAGAUUGAUAAAAGCAUGAAUGAAGAAAAUCAAGAAUUAGAAAUAAAUAGAGUAUCAAAAUUUUUAAAUCAAAAAGGAGAAAGAGACUCUUUUAUGCUUCUGAAGCAAUUAUUUAUUGCUUCUUUCUUUAUUUCAUUAUACUUUAUUUCAUACUAUCUCCAAUUACUUUAUCAACAAUAUAGCAAUAACAUUUUAACUCAUUACAUGUAUUCUUCGUAUAGACCGAUUAAUCUUUCGGAAUAUGGAACGUUAUUUAUUGAGGCAAUGUAUUUUAAAUAUAGUAUUGAUAAAAGUAGGACUUAUUUAACUUUUAAUGUUACUUUUACAAGUUAUUUAAAUGAAAAAAAUAUGCUUUCAAGCUUUUAUUGGACCUAUCCUUCAUAACUAGAUACUUAUAGAACUGAAUACAUUAAGAGAGAUUCUUAUAACUUUUGUUAUUACAUGACAGACAUAACUGAUGAAGAGAAAACUAACUGCGAAAAUGACUUUAAUGGUGUUAACAAAAGAGGUUUAAGGUCAGGAAUAGUUUCAUAUUUAGAAACUUUGAGAGAUACAUUACAAACUUUUGAAGAUUCAGAUGCAUCAACGUAGGCAGCUAUAAAUGUGGUUGCUGAUAACUAUUAUCUAUCCCUUGAAGAUUCUUCAAAGUAUAUAAUUAAGUGCCUUACUUAAAAUAACAAAAUCUUAUAUAAUGCUUUCUAAGAUUAUCUAAAAGCUUAUACAUAAUAUGCAAUAAUACUAUUUGUGGCCUGCAUUUUAACUAUCUUAUUAAUAAUUAUUUUCAUGAUAAAACCCUUUUUGUUAAUGCUGAACAAUCAAAUUUGGAAAACAAGAGGUAUGCUCAAUCUCAUUCCUGUUUCAAUAAUAAAUGUUUAUCCUUCUUUGAAAAAGUAAUUUUUGGCUUCAGAUUUACUUUUUAGAAAGUAAUGA